UUUUUCAGGGGUUGCAGUUACUGUCUGUGAAGGCUUCUUCUUUAUCAGUUUGUUCCUGGAGGUGUGUUUCACGCACAAGCCUGAUUCCCUGGCACAGGCCUUCUGGAAGCGAGCUAGAUGCCCAGGGAGCUUCCAGAAAUUCCUGGGGUACACGCUGCUCUCAGUGGCUUGCUUCCUGCAUCCCGUCCUUGUCUGGCACGUCACCAUCCCUGGGUCCAUGCUGGUGCUCACUGCUCUGGCCUACUUUCUGCUGAGCAAGAGGAGGAAGAGCCCCGGGCACAAAGAGACGCAUUCCCAGUCAGGCCAGUACGUGGACCCUUCAGCCACCAUGGGAACCCCAACCAUCGCUGGCGACACUGAGCAAACCUACACCUUCCAUGGAGCCCAGGGAGAGCAGCACCGCUCACUUCUGGGCCACAUGAAGAGCAUCCUGAAGGGCAGCAAGGACAAGAGCUCAGCCCCAGUAACUCCUGCCCAACCAGCAGAUGAGCCAGUCCCUCGCAAGCAAGUGCACUUUCAGGAGAAGGUGGUGCAGAUCAUCCCCUCUGUCAGUGAGAGCUUGGAGGACAUGGAGAGUGAGGCUGAAGAGACCACAUCAGACACAACACCCAUCCUCACCCCACCUGAUGCCCCCAUCAUCCUCACUCCACUCAGCUCCACGGGCCUCUUUUGA